CGGGGAUGUAGCAACCACCUCUAGGCCUCCGGGUAGAGCAAAGAUCGGAACUGUCGACUGUCUCUGAUCAGAUCUGUACACGUACUACUACUGCUACUUACUCUUUUGUAUCCAGCAUGGCUGGAUCUGGAAGUGACUGGCAGUCUUAUGAUAUGACUCUACGGAGUAAACAUCAGUCACGGCGCUCACAGGUGCACCACGAACUUAGCCGUGAGUUGCUUUUGAAGGAAGGAGCUGAAAACCUUUUGAAAGCCAAGAUUGAUUCGAAAGCAAGGAAGAAGGCGGAGAUGGAAUUGAGCUUUUAUAAUUGUAAGGUAGAGAUGCUACGUGAGGAGUUGAACGAGUUGAACAGCACAGUGCUUGUCUACCAGACCGUGAGGUGCAUGUCGAUAUUGAAUCUUUUUACCGUGUUUACACUGAAAAUUGAAUCGGUCCAGGCCAGCUCGGUAGACACAGAGAAGUGUGAAUUAUGGACAGGCGCGGGUUUUGGAGGGAGGCAGUCCAACCACGCCCAUCAAGGGCACUUUACCUACUGUAAAACAAAUGCACAGCAAAUUUUAUAA